CCGGGCGGAUGUGACGUAAUAGAUUCGUGGAAGAUUUGUGCUGUUGUGUCAAAACAGAAAAUAUGAUCAUGAGUAUCUGUAAAAGUUAAAAAAUUAAGUGGAAAGUUCGUGUUUUUUGGUAGUCGGUGUGACGGUCUUGUUUUGAUGACAUCUUAGAACAAGAUCAAUGAUAGCGAGACGACGCCAUACCAAUUCUGGAUCUGAUUCUAAACAAAGCAGAAUAUCCACACAAACAAGUCAGACAAUUGUCUCAGAGAUUCCAAUAGACACAGAAAUGUCUUGUAGAGAUCGAACCAAUGAGUUUCUUUCUGCAGCAAAAUUAUUACAAUCAAGACAGGGAAAUGGAACACUGGCUCACAAAAGAAACCCAGCUUUACGACAAAGGAGUGAAUUUACUCAAAUUGCAAAAAAAAUUGGCCGUGACUUAGCAAACACAUUUGCAAAACUUGAAAAACUCACCAUGUUGGCUAAAAAGAAGUCUCUCUUUGAUGACAAGCCAGUAGAGAUCCAGGAGCUGACCUACAUUAUUAAUCAGGACAUACAGAGUCUGAACAAACAGAUAGCACAGCUUCAACAGGUGGCCAAAUCACACCCUAAUGCCAGGCACGUACAGAGUCACUCCAACUCUGUGGUUGUGUCCUUACAGUCAAAACUUGCCACCAUGUCAAAUGAUUUCAAGGAAGUCCUAGAAGUCAGAACAGAGAAUUUAAGGCACCAGAAGACCAGGCGAGAUCAGUUCUCAGAGUCCCCAGCCAUGUCCAACACAACAUACAGCAAUCACAGUUCAGUAUUGUUUCAAGAUGAAAUGAAUUCCCAGGGUGCCACAGGAGGGGGUGAUGUUGUCCUUAACAUGGACGGUAUGGAUAAAAGUAGAUUUCAGCAGCAGAUGCAGCUGAUAGACCAACAGGAUGAUUAUAUCCAGGAGAGAGCAGACACCAUGAAGAAUAUAGAAAGUACAAUUGUGGAGUUAGGUGGAAUAUUCACACAACUAGCACAUAUGGUCAAAGAACAGGAAGAAAUGGUGCACAGAAUUGAUGCCAAUACAGAUGAUGCAGUUAUGAAUGUGGAAGCAGCUCACAGUGAAAUUCUAAAGUACUUUCAGUCAGUGACAUCAAAUCGGUGGCUAAUGAUCAAGAUAUUUGCUGUUCUUAUAUUGUUUUUCAUUAUAUUUGUUGUAUUUAUGGCAUAAGACACCCCCCCCCCCUUCCCCAAGUAUGACCCAUGUCAUCAAAAUCAAAUCAGAACUCAACACAAGUAAUUUAUCCAUUGGUAGCAAAAAUUUACCAUUACAUGUAUAAUCAGUUCGUUUGUGCAAUGAAAUAAGAAAACAAUGUCUCUUACUUUUCAUUAUAUUACAUGGUUUACAAUUUUAUGGUACAGGGAAAUGAAAUAAAUUGAAUUUUCUUGCUCGUCUGUCACUGUAGUUGUGAAGGAAUGGUUGGUUAAUCUUUUAGCUAAUUGACAUAAUUGGUCAUUAAGAAUUGAAAUACUUGAUCAGAGCACACGUGUGUAAAAAUACUUGGGAUUUUUGUGAACAGUAUGAGCCACUUUUUCAUCCAAAUUAUUUUACUUCAUUUAUCAACAUUUGUUCCCAACAAUGAAACAAAAGAGUCUUAAGAGAUUUAUUUGUGGUGAAGACAUUGUUUUAGAUUUCCAGUAACAGCAAGAUUUGUGUUUUAAUUUAUUGAACUUUGUUUGAUGAUAAUAUCAGCUCCACAUUUUUUUUGUACUGAAUUAUUAAUGUUGUAGCAGUAAUUAACUUUAUGAAAGCCUAUAUAUGUAUAAAUUUGGACUCAUGA